AAAGAACACUGAUUUUUAUCUUUAAUGAGCAGCCUCUCUAUCAUUUAGCUUCAGGAAACAGCUUCCUGGUUGUAAACUGCUUGAGACUGCUGACAGCCAGGCAACUUCAAAAGCAGCCAGGAGCGACUUUCUUGCUAACUUUGGGAAGGAAUUCAAAAAUGCUGAAAGGUGCAGAUGAUUCUGUUAUGGAGCAGGAGGUCUCUGCUUCCCGACAUAAAGAAAUGGCGAGUUGGGAUAUCAAUGACAUCAAACUUCCUCAGCAUGUGAGCCACACAGACUGGUUUCAAGAAUGGCCGGAUUCCUAUGUAAAACAUAUCUAUAGCUCCGAGGAUAAAAAUGCUCAGAGGCACCACAGCAGCUGGGCAAUGAGAAACACCAACAACCACAACUCUCGCAUCUUAAAAAAAUCCUGCCUCGGGGUGGUGGUUUGUGGCAAUGACUGCUCUACCUUGGAUGGGAGGAAGAUCUACCUAAGACCAGCCAUAUGUGAUAAAGCCAGGCAAAAACAACAGCGGAAAUGCUGCCCAAACUGCAAUGGACCUCUGCGACUCCUUUCCUGCCGAGGCCAUGGUGGUUACCCAGUUACCAACUUUUGGAGGCAUGAAGGCCAAUUCAUAUUUUUCCAGUCCAAAGGAGCUCAUGACCACCCACGUCCAGAAACAAAACUAGAAACAGAAGCAAGAAGAUCAAUGCAAAAAUCAAAGACAGCUUUUUCUCCAUCUUCUCUAAGACUAAAAAGAAUCCAGGAGACUGAGUCUCUGGCAGGUGCAGUGCCAACACAGGAGCCUUUGCUUCUUUCCAAGCCGGAUGCUCACAUGCCGCCUGCCAGUUUCAGGGGACAUUUGAGAAAAAGCUCCCAGGAGCCAAUGCUGAGCAGCUGCUCUGGGCAGCUUUCAUACCCAAGGACAUCUGGGGAGGAUGGGACCUCCAGAGAGGCACCAACCUGGAGCCGAAGCCUGUCCCUCAGGAGGACCCCCGGAGCCGAGAGGCUGUGCAGUGUCCCUGCUGUGCCCAGCACAGCUCCUCCUCCCCGUCAGUGCACCCACCUCAGCACCCAGCAUGUCCUGCCCCUCACAAAGGGUGCCCAUGACCCCUUCAGGUCCGACGUGGGCCCUUUGGGAGAUGGAUCCUGUGGGGAGAAAUCCCCACUGACCUACAGUGGCAGCUGCCUCUCUCUGCCGCCCUACCCCGCGCCUCAGAGAGGGCCGUGCCUCAUGGCGAGUGGGGCACAGCCUCACCGACAGCUCCUGCUGCCUCCAAGGGGAAGCGAAGGAGACAGAGGUGGCAGAGGGCACCAAGUCUGUCUCAACUACUGCAACAACGACAUGUUUUUUAACCUGUACCCAUUACAGUGACUGGGUUCAAACAUCCCUGCUCGCUCCUCCUCUGGAUAUUGGUCCAAUUCUCCAUCUCUGUGGCAGCACAGAUGUGAAAAUGCUACCACAGCUGGUCUCACUCUAGCUCCUCUUGCAGACCCCAGAAGGGGCUUUCAUACCUGAAGGCUUGUCUUUUCUCCUUUGUAUUUAACAGUCUUAUUUCCCCUCACUGUUUCAUGGAUCUAAUAAAAGCUAUCAGCUCCUCUUACAGACUGCCUCGCUGCCAUUGUGGUCUGGUAGCAUUUCAACUCUCCUUAACACACAGCUUGUUCAAGCCUGUGGGACUGGGGAAGUUGUCCAUGGAUGAUCUCGAGGACCACAAUUGUCAUGAGCAGCCUUCUGCACUCUUCCAGCCUCUUCACGCAGUCCCUCUUCAAACCUAAGUCCCUGCACUGCACCAGCCUUGCACCUGUGUUGUAUAGAGCUGGAUGCAGGACUUCACAUGGGAUUUCAUGAGGAUGGGGAGAAGCCUCCUCCUCCUCCUCCACCUGUGGCCUCAUUUCUUUUGAUGCAGCCCAGGGUAUGUUUGGCCUUCUGAGCUGCAUAUGCAUACUGCCAGAUCGUGUCCAAUACACCAACUGUCCUAAGUUCUUGUCUGCAGGGCUGGACCCAAUUUUAUAUAUGUAUAUAUUCAAGGCGCCUUGCUGAUUUUUCCAGGCACAUUUCAUUUCUUUCAUUGCAGACUGUAAAGAACCCUUCAGCAUUUGUUCCAUACAUCACCCCCAUUGCUGACCAGUACCAUAAGCUGUAUUUCAGCAGGACCUGUCAGCUCUCUACAAUUCUUUAAAAUACUAGGGUUCCAAAUGGGAAUUUUCUUGCCUGAGCUUAACUGGCUCAGAUACCUUUGGCAAAGAUUCCUUUACCUUUUCCCAUAACUUUGCAUGACUUUGCUGCAUGACUGGCCUCUGCUGCUCCCUGGACCAGGCUUCAGGGGCCACCAACCUGGAAGACACUGACACACACCCCUGCUGCCACCUCUAUCAGGAAGAGCUGAGGGAUGUCAUGUACAGCGAUGUAUGGAGCCGCAUUUCAAGAUUGGUUCCGUUAUCCACCAAAGGGAGAAUCCACCUUUCAUUGGGAUGAGUCUGGGAGGGCAGUAUUACAAAACAAGUGGCAAUAAAAACUUCACAGUAAAUCAAUAUCACGUAUUCAGUCCUAGUUGUUUUGUUUUUGUUUUGUUUUGUUUU